CGAUCAAACUCUCCAACACUAGAACUUUCUCUUCACACUUAUAUCAACAACAAAACAUUUGCUGAGGCCGAGCGGGUUAACAUGCUUCACCCGUGAGCACCCGACUCUCACUUUCCCUUCAUUUCUAUUUAUUUGUCAGUUUGACUCAACAGGUGACUUCGUGAUGCCCAGCCAGACUCUGCGCCCGCGCCUCUGCGUCCUGGAGAAGAGCGAGAACGGGUACGGCUUCCAUCUGCACGGAGAGAAGGGCAAGAGCGGCCAGUUCAUCCGCCUGGUGGAGCCCGACUCCCCCGCCGAGCUGUCCGGUCUGCGCGCGGGCGACAGACUGGUGUUCGUGAACGGAGAGCGCGUGGAGAGCGACAGCCAUCGGCAGGUCGUGGAGAGGAUACGCGCGAGCGCCGCGAGCCUGGAGCUCGUAGUGGUGGACGCCGAAACCGACCAGCUGCUGAAGAAACACGAGCUGAAGUGCUUGAAGGAGUUUGUCACGGAGGGCAUUCCGGUGUCCGAGUGCGGUGAUGAUGAGAUCAGCGACGAGAUGAUGCGGGACGACACGCCGCCGCCGGAGAGGAACGGAGACAUCAUCCCCGUUCACAUUCCCGCGGUGGAGAAACUCAGGACAUCCGUGAGCUCGGAGAUGGACCUGAAAACCCAGCUCAGACCCCGGCUAUGUGUCAUUGAGAAAGGCCCCAAUGGCUUCGGCUUUAACCUGCACAGUGAGAAGUCCAGACCCGGCCAGUAUAUCAGCGCUAUAGAUGACGACUCUCCAGCACAGAGAUCCGGCCUGAGGCCCAAAGACAGGAUAAUACAGGUCAGCGGGGUUUCGGUGGAGGGGAAGCAGCACGCUGAGGUGGUGGCCGCUAUUAAAGCCGGGGGUGACAGCACGACACUCUUGGUCGUAGAUCCAGACACCGAUGCUUUCUUCAAGAAGUGUCGAGUGACGCCCACUGCAGAACACCUCACAGGACCGCUGCCUGAACCUGUGGUCAACGGAGACAUGGAGGACAAGGUUAACGGAAAUGUGGCCAAAGAGGUGGAGCUGAAGGACUCGAAGAUAUCAAUCAGUCCGUCUCCUUCCAAUGCAUCCUCUAACGCCUCCCUCACGACUCCGCCCACUGGGACUCCGCCCCCUGAGACUCAGGAGCCGUCCAUCAUAGCUGCCAUCCCAGAGCUCAAUCUGUCCCUGCAGCAGGUGAAAGAGCGCGCUCACCAGAAACGCUCCAGUAAGAGAGCUCCACCCAUGGACUGGAACAAGAAAAAUGAACUCUUCAGUAACCUAUAGACCUCCGGUCGUCCAUCCACCCACCCAUUCAUCCAUCCGUCAGCUCUGUUUAAGACUUGAUAAAACAGAGCAGAUCUUAUAAUGAAGUUAAAGUCAUCAAUGAAGUAGGCUCAAUAUGAUGUAUGUACAGUGUGUAUAUUUACACACAGAUUUAUAUCUAUUCCGAAUUAUGUAUAUGAAUUACUAACAGAUUAUAUUGGGCUGCAUCUGCUGUGGGGAAAUGGAAUGUAACAUUCUACAACUGUGAUGUAUAUCAAUCAUUGGCUGUGUUCAGAAUGGAGUACUAACUUACUGUAAUAUUACUGCUCACUGUAUAGACUCGAGUGAAACAGAAGUAGGAAUGAAUGCUGUUGUGCACACAGUGGUAUGCUAUACUGUUGUCACAGAACAAUUACUUUGCAUGUUUAAUUUAACGAGCAGCAUAUCAGUUAUCAUCAAAUUAAUUCAAUUUUGUGUAAAUAUGUUAUGUUUUUUUUUUUUUUUUUAGGGUUUGGCAGUUUGAUUAAACAGUAGGUAAAAGCU